AUGACAACAAUUCGUUUAAAACUUCCAUCAAAUUUAUAUCGUCCAUGGAAACCACUUUAUCAUCAACGAUCAAAAAAACAAAAAGAUCCCCCAGCUCCAUAUACACCAUUAGAACAACAAUUAUAUGAUCAUGCUAAAAUUAAAUUUGAUCAAAGAGUUAAUAUUCUUCGAUCAAUAUUUGCUAAAGAAGGUCAAUCAUUAUCAACAAAAUCUCGUUUUGCUCAACUUCAACUUAAAGCUGAAGAACAAGAAUUUAAACAAUUAAUUAAUAUGGUCAAACAAGAAAAUGAACGUUUACUUACAAUGCGACGUAAUGAUGAACGUUUAGCAUUAGAAGAAGAAGAAAAUAUUCGUUCUCAAAUUCUAAAUAUUUUAUCUGAAAAACAAUUUAAUGAACAUAUUAAUAUUGAAGAAGAAGUAAAACAAAUAAAAACUGAAUCUCGUUCAUGGGUUAAUCCAAAUGAUUUAAUACGUGAAAUUGAACGAAUGCUUAAUGAAAAACAUGAUUAUAAUUUUUCAAUUGAUUUAGCUGGAAUAAAACGAACACAUUUAGGAAAAGAAAUUGUUGAUCAAAAUAAAACAAAUUUAGUUUCAAUGUCACCAUUUGAAUUUGAACCAAAGAAUGUUGCAAGAAAACCACCUGGUGCUUCGAAAUAUGAAGAAUAA